UCCACGAAAUCAGCACAGUGAAGUUUCUGUUGUGAAAUCGUCAGUCUCUCUGUCUCGCUGCAGCAAGAUGGCUUUAAACUUGUGGUCAGAGGAUCAGUUUAGCUGUUCAGUGUGUCUGGAGAUAUUGAAGGACCCAGUCACUAUUCCGUGUGGACACAGUUAUUGUAUGGGGUGUAUUAAGAACUGCUGGGAUCAGACUGAUCAUACAGGUGUCUACAGCUGCCCCCAGUGCAGAGAGACAUUUACCCCAAGGCCUGUUCUGUCUAGAAACACCAUGCUGGCUGAAGUUGUGGAGAAAUUAAAGAAGACAGGACUCAGUCCUCCUCCUGCUCAAAGUUAUGCUGGACCUGGAGAUGUGCCGUGUGAUUUCUGCACUGGUAGAAAGUUCAAAGCUGUGAAAUCCUGUUUGACGUGCCUGGCCUCUUACUGUGAAACACACGUCAAGUCUCACAGUGAGGUUACUCCAUUAAAGAGGCACAAGCUGAUCAAUGCAAUUGGAGAUCUGGAGCAGAAGCUUUGUGCUGAACACCAGAAGGUUUUGGAGGUCUUCUGUAGAACUGAUCAGACGUGUAUUUGCUGGUGGUGUACAGACAAGGAACACAAGAGCCAUGAUACAGUCUCAGCUGAGGCAGAAAGGACAGGGAAACAGAAGCAGCUGGGAGACACACAGACAGAAAUACAACAGAGAAUCCAGGAGAGACUGAAAGAAAUCGAGGCGCUGAAACAGGCUGUGGAGUCACUGAAAAGAUCUGCAUGCAUAGAAAUAAAGGAAAGUGAGAAGAUCUUUACUGAGCUGAUCCGAUCCAUUGAGAAGAUCCACACUGAGGUUAUUGAGCUGAUUGGAGCUACCGAGAAGACUGCAGUGAAUCAGGCUGAAGAACGCAUGAAGAAACUGGAGCAGGAGAUUGCUGAGCUAAGGAGGAGAAACGCUGAGCUGAAACAGCUUUCAGAGACAGAGGAUCACAUCCAUUUUCUACAGAAUUUCCAGUCUCUCUGUGCCCCUCCUGAAGCUGGAGACUUACCCAGCAUUAUUGUCAAUACAGACAUCUCUUUUGGGGCUGUGAGGAAAGCUGUAUCUGAACUUAAAGACCAUAUUGAGGACUUCUGCAAGGGGGAAUUAGUCAAAAUAACCAAAACAGGUUGGUGUGAAAUAGAUUCCUUUGGUAGUUGA